UCUCUCCAUCCUCCCCCAACCCCCUUAUUACUUUUUCUUGUAAUAUAAAGGCUGCACAUGGCGCGCAUCUCAUGAGUGAUUCACUACUACUUCUUGACGCCAUUCUACGAGAAAUCUCGGCUUCAAAAGAACUGACAAGUGAAAACACGCAGUUGCUUUUCGCUCUUUUCCAAGAUACGCUAUAUGAAGCUCUAUAUCUGAUCGAUCAGAACGCAGUGAAACGCGUGCAUUGUAAAGCAGGACGCGUGCUGUAUCGCGUCACGGACACAAUUUUGGAACAACACAUGUCUACUGCAACAACAACAACAAGAACAACAGCAUCAUCAUCGUCAGCAGCAACUGCGGUGACUCGACAGCCACCUCGUGCGACAGAGCCAUACACAUGUCUUGUACAGCCUCGUUUCUGCUCUUGCCCUGAAUUCUUUGACUCGACUAUAUGCGAGCAGCAGGCAUUGGUGUGUCGACAUGCGCUAGCAGCAGUUCUUGGGGAUGCACUGGAUAUGCUACCAAAUCAGGAUCCAAUAGGAGAUGAGGAACUUGCUGAGACGAUGUAUCGAUGGCAGGUCGAAGAAUAGUAGAGGAAAAAAUUAUUAGACUUAUAUUUCAGAUACGAUAAUCUUUCCUGAUUUCGCCACCCAAAUUGGUGGCUAGAAAGUAUAAAAAUAAGCGAAAUUGGACUAUCUUUCAGAGAGGUUUGUCAAAUCCCCUGGGGUAUGCAUUAACUACUACGUAAUAAAUUCAGGUGGUUGGUGGGUAAAAUGCAUUUCACGCAUAAGAAGUGGUGAAGCCGGAACAAGUGGUAUUAUGGUCGAUCUUUAAAGAAUGAUGGUACAAAUGACCAUCGUUGAUAUUUUUCUGGUGGUGGCGUGGGUGGUUGAGGAUCGUUCUGUAUAAUAAA